AUGGCGCAACAAUCAUCGCACGUUCAAGAUAAUAGUGACGGAACUGGCGAGGGUGAGUCCUAUGGCAAACAGCUCUUCAAGUACACAUUCGAUGAAGGACGACCAGAACCACGAUUCCUCAUCUUUCGCGGUCUCCAACUCAUGAACAUGUUUAACUUGCAAAGCGAGCUGGCAAGGCUAAAACACGGUAUAAUGACGGCAGAAGCCGCAACAUCGGAGAAAACCAAAUCUCUCACCAAGGUAUUGCACGAGUAUCCAAACGCAAUUCGGGACUAA